UUUGUUAGAGCGUGUGUUGAGGAGGUAACUCUCCAACCCCCACCCUGUUAGAGUAUUAGAAGCUAGGUUAAGCCUGGUGCUGAGGAGCUUUCUGGGUAAUUAGAGGUGACGGGUAGAGGGAUGGCAGAUGAACCCUGAUCAGACCUGCAGCUCUGCGAGGUGCAUUUCUCUGUCAUUAGACCAAGUCAGUAGGAGAGUAGGCUUAAUAGUUGGCUCUGAUUUUAUCAAGAGUACAUGAAGUUGCGUUCAGGGUGGUGUAUAAAAUCAGUUGAUGUUUGCGGCUAUCCUGAUAAAUAAUGACCUGUGUAAAGAUGCUCUUCAGAGCUUGUAGUUUGACCUGGCUGACCCUGAAGUUCAGGGCAUCUUUUGUCCUCUUGCCCUGACAGAUGGAUGAGUUCCGUUUUAACGUUAUAAUGGGAUCACUGGUCAGAUCUAAUCAGAGGAAAACAGUGUCGUCAAACAGUGCAGUUGUCCAGUCUUUCCAUCGAAGACCAGGCAGACAUUCAGUUCCCCUACGCCAUGAGGGAUCUGCCUCCUGCGUCCCAUUCAGCCGGAAAGUCACAGAACCAGGACCCCUUGGAUGUAGAAGAACCUCCGCCUGCAGCCAACGGGAGGCUGCCCGGGGAUCCAGGAACGCCCCCUCCGUCCCGUCCUGUUCGGCCUGCCGGUUCUCCGACAGUCCCGCCCCGGCCCAGUCACGCAGGACGGGACCCGUCCCAGAUUCUCCCGCUGAAGAGGCAGCUUGUCUCUCAGGUUUCCCUGGACUCCCCUCUGAGCCCGGCCUCGCGGCCGCGCAGUCCCUGGACGCACUUUGACCCUUACGACUCUCCAGAGGAUCAGGACAAAGAGUACGUGGGUUUUGCUACGUUGCCCAACCAGGUUCACAGGAAGACGGUGAAGAAAGGAUUCACCUUUACGCUGAUGGUGGCAGGAGAGACUGGACUCGGCAAAUCCACACUAAUAAACAGUUUGUUCCUCACUGACCUCUACAGAGACAGAAAAGUUCCCAACGCAGAGGAGCGGAUCAGUCAAACGGUCGACAUCAUCAAGCACACCAUCGGCAUCGAGGAGAAAGGAAUCAAACUGAGGCUCUCCAUCAUAGACACGCCAGGCUUCGGAGAUGCUGUCAACAACACAGCGAGCUGGAAGCAUGUAGAAGACUACAUUGACCAGCAGUUUGAGCAAUAUUUCAGAGAUGAGAGCGGGCUGAACAGGAAGAACAUUCAGGACAACAGAGUCCACUGCCUGCUCUACUUCAUCUCUCCUUUUGGCCACGGUUUAAGGCCAAUCGACGUGGAGUGCAUGAAGGCUUUGCAUGAAAAAGUCAACAUUAUUCCUCUACUGGCCAAAGCUGACAGCCUGACACAAGCAGAAGUUUACAGCAAGAAAUUAAAGAUGAGGGAUGAGAUCAAGCGGUUUGGGAUUAACAUCUACCAGUUUCCAGAGUGCGACUCGGAUGAGGACGAAGACUUCAAGAGACAGGAACAGAUCCUCAAGGACAGCAUACCGUUUGCUGUGAUCGGGAGCAACAUCCAGGUGGACAGCAAAGGCAGAAGGUUCAGAGGUCGCUCCUAUCCGUGGGGUGUGGUAGAAGUUGAGAACCCGAUCCACUCAGACUUCCUGAUGCUGAGGAACAUGCUGGUGAGGACCCACAUGCAGGACCUGAAGGACGUGACGCGGGAGAUCCACUACGAAAACUACCGGGCGCAGUGCAUCCAGAGCAUGACCCGCAUGAUGGUGCAGGAGAGGAAACGCAGUUUACGGGAGAAGCAUCGCGAAGGAAGCGAGGUGGACUUUCCUCUUCCACUCGCAGCAGUUGACACCGAGAUGGAGAGACAGAUUUUUGAAAAAGAUGAAGAAGUGCGUUUCCUCCUCUCACUCAUAUGGACCCCCUGCAUGUUACUGUCUGAGAAGGAUGCAGGAGGUGCUGGAGAGGAUUCAGGAGCAGAUGCAGCAGAGCCAGAGAGGCACCUGCUGAGCAAACGCAAGACUAAAUCUUCUGCAAACCGGCCAUUUCGACAAGUUCAACCUUCAAAAAAUGGAACAAAAUGUUUCACUGGAUCUUCACAGGGAAGGAACAACAACUGCGUGACAACUCAAGCUUUGAUUUGUGUUCAUAUCAAGAGAGCUGGUUGAAUGCUGUUCACUGAUGUGCGCUGAGUCCAAAUCCAAUAUAGAAGCUAUAUUUUCAUUUUAACCAAAGCUCAUUACAGCUUCUAACAAUAUAGAGGCAAAGAAUAUUUUAAUAAAAUUCUUUGACUGACCACCCAAUUUUCCGAUUGAGAUAUCGGAAAAGUCGCGUACCUCUAUUUUAUAUUACCUAUCCUUCUCCACAAACAUCAUUCUCAUUCUGUCGUUAAACAAAAAAAACGUCCUUAUUUCCAAUUUUUCUUUCAUUUUCAAAAACCUGGCAGCCUUGAACCGUUCUGUUCCGUCUGUUUUCAGUCUUUUCAAUUGCGUAGAAGAGCCCUGUUGCUCAGUGUGUCUGUGCGGCUCAGCACUGCCCCCUAUCAGUGAGGCACGGUACUUUCUGCUUCACUAUGCGCAUUUUCACUGCGCAUUUAUGGCCAAACAGAAGGACUAAAUAUGCCACUCACAUUCAUUAAACAUAUCAAACAAACAGUAGAACGCCAAUAUAUGUAGAAAAAUAUUUAUUUAAACAAGAACUCUGGCGAUAUAAAGACAGACACUUGUGAAGUGCAGCGCCCCCAGAGGUCAGGUACAGUAUUGUAGUGCUUUACCCGGUCUUCUUUCAUGUAUUGCGUAAAUCCAGCGAUUUUGACCAUAAAAUUGUUGAAAUUACCAAUAAAAAAACUAUUUACAGAAAAUUCAAGAGGACAAAUAGAUUUUCUCUCAUCAUUGUUAGCACAUAUUUUAUUUCCCAUCUCCUUUUUCAUACUUAUCAGGGUUACAGUGAGGAACCACCUUCCCUGACUCCCCUGACGCACGUCAUUGUUGGCUCUAUUUGUAUUUCGUCUGGGGAAAAUUAAUGCUCCGACUCAUUAUUUGGUGCAAAACUGAUGCAGCAUGAUGCAAUGGCCCAGAGGUAAACCGAUUCACAGAGAGCUGUACUACGAAUCAAGUUCAACAUACUGGUGUUUGCUCUCAACAAAACCUAAAACUCCUCUGAGAGAGAACAGGUAGAGCAGUGAUGAUGGUUUCUCCUGGUUUUACUCUUUAGGAUUUCAUGCAAAAUACACAGAUGACGUGGAUUAAUUUAAAAAUAUAAAGACAGUUGCAGGAAAAUAUGGCUUCAGUUGCAAAAGGAAGAGCUAUCUUGCAAACAAGUGAAAACAAGCAUCCAUUUUAUCACCAUGGCAAUCAAAUGGAGGCACAUUUGUGAUAAAGAGUUAAACCUGGUUAAUUUGUUUUAUAGUACAGCCUGGUCUUGGUUUCUUCUUUUCCUGCUUUAUUUUUGUACUGACUCUAAACUACUUCCUUUAGCGUUUUCCACCAUUUGUGGUCAGUGUGAUGUUGG